AUGCAGCGGAGGAGGACCUCGGAUGAUCCCCACAGCAGCCUGGUAGGACAGGACAGCGGCGGACGAGUAGCCUGCUAUGGGAGUCUGAGCGAGGAUGCUGUGGAAAUCUCCCAGGCUGGCAACGCAUCCCUGGGUGAGAAGAGCACGGCCAAUGUCUUCAGCGAUGGCUGCACAAGGAUAGAUUUCGUCCUUGUGUGGGAAACAGGCCCCAGGGAGCUGAGCGGGCAGAAGGGCAGCCGUGAGAACGGGGCCUUGCAAGAGAGAUCCACCACCAUCCACAGGACCUGGCGGAAGAAGUUCCUGGACAAGCUCCAUGCUGCUGGCCUCCACAUGGAAAAGCACACGGCCCGCGUGGAGAAGAAGGUGGUGCACUACCUGCUGCUGAGUGCGCCCUGGAGUGUGCUCUGCUACUAUGCUGAGGAGCUGCAGCUCCGUGUGCCAUUGCAGGCACUGCCCAACCAGACCUCCCACUGGUCAGACAGAGUGCUGCGGCAGCUGGGCAUCCCCAACGCCAUGGCCCAGGAGGUCCCCAGCCUGCCACUGGACUACUACACCUGCCCCUUCAAGGUCAACAAGCUGCAAUGGUUCCUGGGGAGUGACAAGCAGGACACCUUCUUCUCCACAACUCAGAGGCACCAAAUCCUCUAUGAGAUCCUGGCCACCACGCAGUACGGCUGCUCCAAGGAGCGGGAGGUGGGGGUGGACCGGCUGCUGAGCGAGGGUGUCUUCGCUGCCGCCUUCCCGCUGCACGAGGGCUCCUGCGAGGCCCUGCCGGAGGGGCCAGCCUCUGGCAGCCCCAGCCCGCGCCAGGUCCUUUUCCAGUACUGGGCCAACUGGGGGAAGUGGAGCAAGUACCAGCCUCUGGACCACGUCCGCAAGUACUUUGGGGAGAAAGUCGCUUUCUACUUCGCCUGGCUGGGCUUCUACACGGGAUGGCUCUUGCCCGCCGCCGUGACGGGGACUGUGGUGUUCAUCGCAGGCAUUUUCCUGGUGUUCAGUGACGUACCUGCGCAGGAGAUCUGUGAGAGCAAAGAGCAGUUCCGGAUGUGUCCGCUCUGCAAGUCCUGUCCCUACUGGCAGCUCUCCGACACCUGCAGCACUUUCAUGGCGGGCCGUCUCUUUGACCACGGUGGGACCAUCUUCUUCAGCAUCUUCAUGUCCCUAUGGGCAGUGCUGUUCCUGGAGUUCUGGAAGCGGACAAACGCAUCCCUGGCACAUCGCUGGGACUGCUCUGAGUUUGAGGACAUUGAGGAGCGGCCCCGGCCCCAGUUCACUGCCAUGGCUCCCAUGACGAUAAUAAACCCUAUAACUGGGGCAGAGGAGCCGUAUUUCCCCAAGCGCAGUCGCAUCCAUCGGAUUUUGGCUGGUUUGGUGGUCAUUAUAAUGUUGAUUGCCAUGGUGGUGAUGUUCGUGGUCUCCAUUAUCCUGUACCGGACAGUUGUUGCCAUCCUCCUCGCCAGCUCAGGGUACUUCUGGUUUGUGGCUUCGGCAUCGCGCAUCGCCAGCAUCUCCAGCUCAGUGGUGAACCUCUUCUUCAUCCUCAUCCUCUCCAAGAUCUAUAUUUCCCUGGCUCAUCUCCUUACCAAGUGGGAGAUGCACCGCACCCAGACCAAGUAUGAGGAUGCCUUUACCUUCAAAGUGUUCGUCUUCCAGUUUGUCACCUUCUACUCCUUUCCCAUGUACAUAGCCUUCUUCAAGGGCAAGUUCGUUGGCUACCCUGGGAACUACCAGAGCUUUUUGGGCAUCCGCAACGAGGAGUGCAGCCCAGGUGGGUGCUUCAUCGAGCUGGCCCAGGAGCUGCUGGUCAUCAUGGUGGGGAAGCAGAUCAUCAACAACGUGCAGGAGGUGGCCAUCCCGAAGCUGAGGUGUUGGUGGCACAAGCACAAGCUCCUCUCCACAAAGAAGAAGGCCGUCGGGGAGGGUGGGCCGGUCCCGGCAGAGCAGGCACCCUGGGUGGUCAACCACCAGCUGCUGGCCUUUGAGGGGCUGUUUGAUGAGUACCUGGAGAUGGUCCUGCAGUUUGGCUUCAUCACCAUUUUCGUGGCUGCCUGUCCCCUGGCACCCCUCUUUGCCCUGCUCAACAACUGGGUGGAGAUCCGCCUGGACGCCCGCAAGUUUGUCUGUGACUACCGGCGGCCCGUGGCCGAGCGGGCACAGGGCAUCGGCAUCUGGUUCUCCAUCCUGGAGGUCAUCACCCACCUGGCUGUCAUCAGCAACGCCUUCCUCAUCGCCUUCACCUCCGAUUUCCUGCCCCGCGUGUACUACGAGUACAUCCACGACAGCAGCCUGCGUGGCUAUGUGAACUUCACCUUGGCCUACGCGCCGUGGGACUUUGUCCAGCAAAGCAACACCAUGUGCAGGUACAGGGCGUUCAGAGACCAGGACGGAAAUUUGACGUUGACCUACUGGCACCUGCUGGCCGUACGCUUGGGCUUCGUCAUCGUGUUUGAGCACGUGGUUUUCUCUACUGGGCGUGUGAUUGCCUGCCUGGUUCCUGACAUUCCUGAGUCAGUAGAGGUCAAGGUGAAGCGCGAGCGGUACCUGGCCAAGGAGGCCCUGGCUGAGAACAAGGUCCUUUUGGAGAGACGGGAGGCAAGAAGCAAGGCCAGCACCGCGGAUCCAGCAGCAAGCAGGGACUGGGAAACCGAGCAGGUCGAGGGCAGCUGA